UUUAUGUGACGCUCAUGAUGCUGCUUUAUGCUCAUCGAAUGAGGUCUCUCACACACGCAGAGAGUCAGUCACUGCAGCUAGUAUGGCACACACACUCUACAGACCACGAAAAAGCUCUUCUUCAAAACGGCAGUAGGCAGACACAAGCACACAGUGCACUCCCGCCCUCAUCCAUCAUCCCAUCAGAACGAAUCCCCAGCAGCCUGCAGGAACAAAGCACGCACCCACACACACACCCCCGGCAAGUGACCGCGAGCAUCAGCUGCCUGCGGUCAGUCAUCCUCCCUCACUUUGCUCACCCCCGGGAUGCCUUUGGCGAUUGCCUUGCGGCCGUGGAAGACGUCUUUGACGAUGGUCGGGUCGGCUUGGGGCGGGAACUCGAUGGGUUUGUAGUACUCCCUGAAGAAGUUGAGCAUUUCUGACGAGGCGCCGAAGUAGACCAUCAGCGACGGCAUCAUGAACAUCGUCAUGGCGUACGCAAACAGGAUCUUUUGCUGCAGCUUCCGGUAGGGACCGGGUUUGGACAUGCCCGAGUCGAAGACCGGCAUCUUCGCGACAGAUGUAACAGACAGAUGGAGGAUGCAGCCGCUCGACCACCCUUCUCGUGUGCGAG